UAUGUAUUCAUUGAGGUGCUGCACUUGGAAUGUAACUCAUGCUUAGAAGCUUACUAUGCAAGUUUUAAAAGUAGUCUAACUGCAAAUCCAGAAUUGUACAGAAAAUUAACAAGAUGUGUGCUUUAUUUUCUGUACGAUUGUUCUACUAAACACACACACACACACACACGCUGCUGUUGUGUUGCUUUGUUGUGCUGUGCACCCAGUCCUAGUGGAGCCCUGCCUUGGAGGAAUGUCUGUGUGCUCUUUCGGGGGACGUGCCCAGAGUGGACAAAUCAUGCUAAUUGUCUGGGAGAGAAACGGAGCGUUAGACCCAAGAUGAAGGCAGAGAGGGAGGCUCUCUCCAAAGCCAUAGCCGCUCCUCAACUUUUGCUGCUCUGGUGUCUUCUUGUCUCAUCACAGUCAGGAAGUGUCAAGGGGGUCAACAUCACCAGCCCUGGCUCUCUGAUCCGGGGCACAUUGGGCGGGGAGGCUCUCCUCUCCGUUCGCUACAGCAGCUCCAGCCCUGACGCGCCCGUCAUCAAGUGGCAGCUGAAGAGGGAUGACAAGCCCGUCACCGUGGUCCAGUCCAUCGGCACCGAGAUCAUUGGGAACCUGAGGCCCGAGUACCGGGACCGCAUCCUGGUGUUUGAGAAUGGCACCCUCCUACUCCACAACCUCAAGCUCUCUGAUGAGGGCACCUAUGAAGUGGAGAUCUCCAUCACGGAUGAUACUUUCACCGGAGAGGGGAGUAUCGACCUGACUGUGGAUGAGCCCAUAUCCAGACCUUACAUCCACAUGGAGGCCUCCUCAGUACUGGAGCUCAGCGAGCACUUCACCCUCAACUGCUCCCAUGACAACGGAACCAAUGCCAAGUACAGCUGGCAGAAAGGCGGGAAACUGUUGACCAAUGAGACGCGUCUGCAGCUGUCACCUGACCAGAAGCUCUUGACGAUCGUGCGGGUGCUGAUGGUGGAUGAUGACAUCUACGGCUGCUCUGUGGAGAACCCUAUUGGCAGCAUGAAGAGCCUGCCCAUCAAACUCACUGUCUACAGUAGGCUACACAGUGGGAGGAGUUCCCUCUACAUCAUUCUCUCCACCGGGGGUAUUUUCCUCCUUAUCACCUUGGUUACGGUGUGCGCCUGCUGGGGGCCAUCAAAGAAAGAGCGGCAGAAACGGCAAAUGAAGCCCAGAGGUUUGGCAGGGCUGCCAAGACAUUUAAUAGAACACCCUGAUUAUUCCCCAAUCAAUCAUGCAGUUGACGUUGUACCAAAAAUUAUGACUGAACAUGAACAGAAGAAUCCAGUGGCACUCUACAUCCUCAAAGAGGAUUCCCAUCAGGGCGACCAUGACUCACCCGGCAACAUGGGCAUGGGCCCCCCCUCUGAACCACCCAGCAGUCCCCCCAGUUACAGCAGCUCCUUGCCCCCCUCAUCACGCUCCCCUGACCCCCCCGCCCGCUCCUCUCGCAGGUACCCCCGCACCCCAAUCAGCUCCCCCCCUUCGCAUCACAACAAUAAGGUGCAGAGCAAGUCCUCCACCCCCUCCCCACCCCGCACUCGAAGCUCCGGGCGCAUAUUCCGCACCCCAGUCGGCGUACCGCCUGCCUGUCAGUUGGAAGAGCCCACCCCCACACUGGAGAGCAACGGUACCACUCAGCCGUGAUUGUCUAUCUACAAGUCCUGGAGGGAUAAAGUGUGUGCAGACUUAUGUUUCAGCCCAACACUAAGACAUCUGGUCUAAAUUGAAAACUGUGACUAGUUGAAACAGGAUCGUAUUCAUUAGGCACCAAAGGGAACAAAAUGGCCUGAAACAGGGAGGGACUAACUGGAAUUGUCCAAUAAGAAAUAUUAUUUUUCUUUUUUCGUUGCAAAACGUUUUAAAACAUUUUGUUUUGAGUGGCCUAAUGAAUAUGGCACUGGUGUGUUGAAGCUGGGCUAGGAAAAAAGCUGGCACACAGUGUGGCUCCUGUUGUCCACCCCUGGUCAACAUGCUCUUCCCCCCUCCAUGCCUUGGUGCUGCAGAGAGACAUGUAUAUCUCUGUAUGUUCACAUGGUGACCGUAUGUAUAUACAGUACCAGUCAAAAGUUUGGACACACCUACUUAUUCCAGGGU